CGGUCGUUCCCGCUAGCCUUUUCUUCACAAAGUCCCCGGUCUAAAGUGGUGCCCUUCCAUUCUUUCAAUUCGACUAAGUUCUUGCCCGCGCGUUUCGAGCCAGUGUCUCUGUGACAACAUUCAAAGACAACAAUCCGGUGAUUCUCUGACUUGGUCAUCAUCUUGCAUUCCGUACGACCCCCGCUCGAAAUUUCGCACAUCAGAAGCCCCAGGGAGCGAACAGAAGCCGAUACGAACAACAACGGCUGAUUCAAGCGACCCCUCCAAGAGAAGGCCGUCCAAAAACUACAACCACCCUCUAGACUAGUCUCUACUGUACAUCCGAGACUUCAGCGACACCGAUACCGUUUUGCGCAUUACCAACGAUCUAGGCUUCGAUACCCGUUCACAGUUCUGCGGUCUUCCGAAAACCGACAACCACGAUGCCAAGCUUCCGGCGGAAAAUCACCAAACAUUUUGGAGAUUCACUCACACCUUCAAAACCGUACCUCUCGUACCAUGACAUUCUCCUGACGAGUGACGAUAUCGUCUCGCUCAAAUAUGACUGGCUUACUGAUAACAACAUUGCCUUCUGGGAAGAGUGGCUCGAGAGAGAGGUCCUUCCCAAGUACCCGCGCGCCCACAUCGUUCUCCUACGACCUAGCAUAACGUUUCUCCUGAUGCAAGCUAUCGAUCUGAAAAGCAUCGGGAGCGCGCUACCCGAUUUCAAGAAAACGACGCACAUUUUCCUGCCGGUCAAUGACAGCCGGGACCGCGAGCGCGCCGACGGUGGUUCCCAUUGGUCACUGCUCGUCGUGUCCGUCAUCGACCGUGUUGCGUUCCACUACGACUCGCUCGGUGGUGCAAACUUUUACGAAGCCCAAAAGUGUACGGACCGUCUCGGCCGGGUACUCGGCAUGCCCCUGCGGUUCCACCAGAUGGAGGACUCCCCUCAACAAGGCAACAACAGCGACUGCGGCGUCUACGUCUGCAUCGUGAUGCGCCACCUUCUCAUCAAGCGGUUGCUGAACGCCAACUCCAACGAAAAGGUGUCCAUGUCAAUGGCCAACAAGGUCAUCGACAGCGCGGGCGGCCGCAAGGAGAUGAUGCAGAUCAUCGAGUCGUUACGGAAGGAGGGCGAGAGGCGACGGAGCUUGAGCCCCAUGUCGACAUCGUCGAAAUCCGGAUCGUCAAAGACACCGCCCCGCAUUGAGUAGUGCUGCGAGUCAGCGAGUGUGCGAUGCGAGUAAGCUAGCUGGCUGUUUGUUGUUGAUUGUGUGCGUUGGACAGGUGAUAUCCCGCCUGUCUCUGAAGCAGGUUUCCAUUCACAAUGGCACAGAGAAUCAAAAGUUUUAGGAUACCUUUGAACGAGAGAGCGCAACCCCAUUGGAAGAAGGCUGGAGCAAGGAACGGAUGCACCGUCAAUGGGCCCCUUCUACUAGCAAUAUUCCUGCAUCACUGCGUGCAACGGGAGAAGUUUUCUUUUUUUUUUUUUUUUUUUUUUUACUUGGUCAUAGCGUCGAGAUGGACGACCACCCGCGCUGUAGGGGUCAUCAGCACAAAGCGCCGCGUCAGACUGACGGAGAGGCGUUAAUAGGCGUUAGGGUUCAAGCUACGAGCCGUAAAGCACUCAACACCACGCAUAAUCAUUCCCAGGGGGAGAGAGGCAUGAUUGGAAAAAAGAAAAAAAGAAAAAAAAAAGAAACCAAGUAAAUUAUGACUCGAAAGGAUAAGCUCUCCCGUGGCUUGGUUGAGAGCCCGGAGUGCUAUGACGCCCGAACUUUAUAGGAAAUAUCUAGCAUAGGACGGGGAAUUUUUGCAUUAUGGCAUUGUAGCCUAUUAUCAGGCGUAUGUAUAUGGCUUAACAAACGUGGUCCUUCCUCUCUCGUUUCUUCUUCUUUAGGGAUCGCUGUGCUUGAGAUACUCGUAAUCAUGGCUCUUUAUGGCUCACAUUCUUCCUUAGGUCGCAAUGUCGUCUUGCUCGAAGUGCAUGGAACGAGCAGGAGCAGAUGGAUAUGUACUGUUUAGUCUAGGUAGAAAAUCGAAGCGAAAAAAUGAUACAGAAUUGGUACAUGUA